UGUCAAGUUCUCCAUAAUGUGAAACCAACAUCCCGCUCAACGAGGAUGAGUAAGGAAAAUAAUCCGACUCAAUCAAGCUGUGAGAUUUUGAAGAUGGUUCUGGGUGUCGCAGAUGACGUAGAAUUGAUAUAUACGUGAAGUCAUCAGUCGAGGAAGAUACAGCAAUGGACGAGUAUACACAAAUUCAACUGCGACCAUGAGCACUACCACAGCUGCCAUUUACUGUGUCCACCCUGGCGAGGUGUGUCAACCCGCCCUAAGUGCCAUCGAGGAGGCAUCCUCAGUCCGCCAUGAUACCAGCACGAGAAUAAUAGCACAGGAAUGCCUUGCACCAGUGCACGUCUGGGAGCGAAUUAAUAUCAGCUGUGUCGUUUUCUUGCUGUCUUGUAUUCCGGUAGUUGGGCAGCAACAAGUCUCUAUAGGGAAUAGAGAAGCAAGAAGGUACCGAGAAGUGAGAAAUUACAUAGUUGCACUCCAGGGACGCUGUUAUAGCCUGGAGAAAGGCCCGGUGUUACGCGUUCGCAAGCAAGACGUGUGGAAAUGUCUUGGGUCUUGUCAAAAUAGGGAAAGGGACAUGAAAUUUGGAUGGAAGUCUCGGUUAGCUAUUAAGACGCGGAAGUUAUCAGUCUUACAAAGAGGUGUAAAAGUGGGUGUAGGUUCUGAGACUGGAGUUUUGACUUUGGGAAAAUAUUCUCGAGGCUAUCAACACAUCGUAAUGCAGGGAAUUGGCAGGGAAGCGCGCGCAUGCGACAUCCGUUUGUGCUUAGAAUUCGUUUUCAAAACCGAGUCAAGUAUGAAAGAAAAGAUCUCACUGCGUGUAUUUUCUCAGACUAGAGGCCAAGCGAUAAACGAGGGUGCUCUCAUCGUCAUGUGAAUACGGUAAGCCUUGUCAGUGUUUCUGACGGUCGAGUAGUGCAU